AUGGCUGCAAAACCAGCAGUGACAAGUUACGAAGUAUUCCUGACUGGCUCAUUCCCCGCCUCAGACAAAACGAUGCUGCGCGAAGUUGAAAACAGGCUUAGCCUGCAUACCGAUACAAGUUUUGUGCUUCAUCGACAGGACUAUGACUUUGCACUUGGCGUGACAAACGACUUUACCACACUGAAUGCUGCUAACCUGCGUGGGUCUGGUCAAGGCGCACCAUUGCGCGACAUUUUGGAUCUUGAGACACGUAUUCGACAUCUUUACAGGACACUGCACACAUAUCUAAAACCGACGCCCACAUACACGACUGCUGCCGUCCGUUCGUGUUGUUCGAUCCCCUUGCUUAGUGGCGACGCGCUCAGUUUUGCAUCUGCAAUGGGAUACAAACCAACAGCGACCACAACGCGCAAAGGAUACACAUUUCUCAAAGGGUCGAUUGUAAUCAUGCUUUAUCAACUUGUCACAUCGCCCGCAGAGUCGAAUCUGAACCCGUGGAACAUUGAAGUGACACACACCGUGACGAUUGACGGGGUCCGGAACGCGCGUAUACCUGCCGCAACACUUAUCAAAAACAGUGUCGAUAAUGUCGUUGCAGUUGCCGUUCUCAUGAAAGGGCUCGUUGACCUUCGACCACCCAAGCUCUGA